CCCCCCCCCCACACACACACACACACACACACCGGUAUAAUAGCACGCGCCCGGGUCAGUUUCCCACGCAAGCUAGAGCCGCGCCAGAAGAGACGGAACUACCACACCACCACCACCACCAGUGCCCCACGGCACGGCUGCUUCUGUGCUUCACCGAGGAGGAUCGGAUAUGGCGGCCGCCGGCAACACCAGGUUCGCCGUCACGUGCGGGCUCCUGCGGCAGUACAUGAGGGAGCAGCAGCUGGGGGCACUCGACGGGGCGUUCCGGCUGCCGCCUCUGGUGGAGACGACGACGGAGAAGGAUGAGGACACGGACGGCAGGACCAUGCAGCUCUUCCCCACGCGCGCCGGCACGUUGCAGCCGUCUCAAGAGAGACCGGAGGCGCAGGCGAAGGCGCCGCUGACCAUCGUCUACGAGGGCCGGGUGCUUGUGUUCGAGGACUUCCCAGCCGACAAGGCCGAGGAGCUGAUGCAGCUGGCCGGGUCGGGCUCCGCGGCUACGCCACAGACUAAAGCCGCGCCAGCGGCGGCGGAGAAGCCAGCCUCAAACCCACCGGCGGCGCUCCCUGACCUGCCCAUCGCAAGGAAGGCAUCGCUGCAGAGGUUCCUCCAGAAGAGGAAGCACAGGAUCAACGCCGCCGAGCCUUACAACAAGGUGACGGCGUCCCCGGUGCCAGAGAAAGACAUUACCGGUAGCGGCAAGCCUGCGACAGAUGAGCCUGCAGCUGCCUCAUGGCUCGGGCUCUAGAAACGUUUCAGGAUUCAGGAUUCCGAUCGAACAUUCAUGAAAAGGGGUAGAAGUACUGACUAGUAUCCUCCUUCAUGGUGAUCUACCUAAUCUAGGUUAUCUCUGUUUGAGAAUUCUUCAGCACUACUCGGAGGAAUUCUUUUACUAAUUAAUUAUAUGUUGCUCGACCGAUGGCACCUAUCUAGGCGCCGGCCGGCAGCUCCAUCAGUCUGGGAUUGAUAGAGACCGUGUCUUUUUCAUCCAUUGGGAUGUUAUCUUAAUGUACAACUGCAUCCUAUUAAGAAAUAGUGAUCUGUUCUCUAAUGCUUGGCCGAA